GUAGCGUGAAACUGGUCUUCUCAAUAUUAACGCACGUUAGUUAGCGCAGCAGAGCGAACAAAACCAAUUCGAAUUGCGUAUGCUCAAAUGACACUGGUUAACUAUAAAGCACGAUUGAGUAUAAUAAUUGCUGUCACCGAGCGUGUCGGGCCGUGCAAGAAAAAGUAGAAGGUUAAAUGAAAAAAGCAAUAUUACUGUUUUGUGUUUUGAAUAAUGACAAAUGUAAUAUAAAUUAUUUUGGUAGGUUCAACACCAAAAGCAUAAAUAUUUAAACAUCAUAGAAUGAAUAAUCUUACAAAACCAGGGUCUUAUCUUCCAGAACAAAGUUUUAAGUUUAAAUCGCAAGAUGUGUUAAUCGAAGACAAAGAUAAUAAUCUAUCAUACACGGCUAUGAUUGCUCAAGCUAUAAUGGUUUCUUCGUGUAAACGAUUGACUUUAUCAGAAAUAUACGAGUAUAUGGCAAAUACUUUUGAAAUAUUAAAAAAAAGAGGAACUGGCUGGAGAAACUGUGUAAGGCACACAUUGUCGCUUAAUGAAUGCUUUUUAAAACUACAUCGCCCAGAAAAUGGUCGCAGUUGCAAUUGGACAGUGCACCCUGCAUACUUUGAAGCUUUUUCAAAAGGCGAUUAUAGAAAAAGAAGAGCAAACAGAAAAAAAUCUCGGUCUGUUUCUUGGAUUGACGAUCGAAAUUUAGCUUACCCACAAACUAUUGGUCUUCCUUACAUACGCGAACCAGAUAUUCGAAUGCGCGAGGAUUUGUCUAGAGUACCUGUAAACGAUCAACAUACGAAUACAUUAUGGCAAAGUUAUGCAAGUUCACCUGCAAUUAAACCCGAGCAGUACCAUACCUUAAAUCAAUUUCCUUACGACAAUAGAAUGACUACGCUUCCACAAGGUAGCUCCAAUUUAAAUACAUCGCCUUUUUCAUCUCACAGCAUGCAUCCAUAUCAACAGCAUCAAGAAACUCAAUAUCCUAUUAUUCAAACACACAAUGAAGGAAGUGACGCUCCUCAAACUUCUCGCUACUCAAAUACUCGUGUUAAAGACAGUCGCAUGUAUCAAAAUCAUAUGGAUUACUUGCAAGAGAACCCCCCCUCACAAUAUCCACUUGACACACAUUGCCUGACUAAUUCGGCAUUUGGAACUAGAACAUAUAGACAAGAUUUUUUUUAAUCCCAAACCACUAACAAAUUUCUUGGAAGUAACCUUUAUAAGAAAGGUUUAACGCUCUUCGACCGCUAUAGGCUGUGGUUAAUGUAAAUGGCCAACAUAGCUCAUGAAAAUCGUGCUCAUACGUCAAGUGCGUCUAAAAUAUUUUUACAUCAAUAAAAAUAUUUCGUAACUAAUUGCUGAUAAGUUUUUCGUUAAUAAUUUUUGAAAAUACAUUUUUGGAAUAAAACGUAAUAUUUGAUAGAUUUAAUUUUUUUAAAA